AUGAAUAAUAAUGUAACGGAGCAAAGUGAUACCUCUGUGGUAUUGGAUACAAAUUUAUAUGAUCGUGAUCCUGCCAAAGGUGUUAAUAUUGCAUAUAAAUUAUUAAGUUUGAAUACGGGACCAUACCAGCCAAUAAAUAUUGAAUUUUUAUCUCAUAAUGGUAGAAAAUUUCUCCAAAGGUGGUACAACAUUUAUAAUUGGUUAGAGUACAGUCCUUCUACUCAUUCUGCUUACUGCUUUAACUGUCGUGCUUUUUCUCCAAAUAAUUCUGAUUCAAGUUUUAUUGAUGGAGGCUUUUGCACUUGGUCUAAAGCCACAUUUGCAUUUAACAAACAUGAAAAAAGUUUAUCUCAUAAACAUUCAACUUUAAAAGUAAAUAGCUACAAGGCAUCAUUUAUCAGUGGUAGUGUAGCUGAUAAAGUUGAUAAUCACCACCAACAUGAACUAGCAGAAAAUAGAAUGUACUUAUCAAAUCUUCUUGACAGUCUACUAUUUUGUGGAAGACAAGGGAUUGGUAUUAGAGGUCAUCGUGAGGAUGAAUCAUCAUUAAAUAAGGGCAAUUAUUUAGAAUUAUUAAACUUGAGAGCUAAAGAUAAUACCAUUAUAAAUCGUUUCUUUAUUGAAAAAGAGAAAACUUUUCGUUAUGUUAGUGUUCCUUACACCAAUAUGUUUCUCAAUUAUAUGGGAAAAAAUAUCAAGGACUCUAUUAUUAAUGAUAUUCAACAAGCCAUUAUUUUUAGCAUAAUUGUAGAUGAAACGCAAGAUCUUGCUAGACACGAACAAGUGUCAGUAUGUGUAAGAUAUGUUUCGAAAACAUUGGAACCUCAUGAAGUAUUUUUAGGAUUUUAUCGAACAGCAUCAACAGAUGGAGAGUCAUUAACUACUUUAAUAAAAGAAGUAAUCUUAUCAAAUGGUUUGAGUAUUAACAACAUAAGAGGCCAAUGUUAUGAUGGCGCUGCAUCAAUGUGUGGCUCUUACAGUGGGGUCCAGGCAAGAAUUCGUGAUGAAAAUAAACUAGCUGUAUACGUUCAUUGUUACGCUCAUAUUCUUAACCUAUGUCUUGUAGAUCUUUCUAAAGUAAUACCUCAUGUGAGGAACACAUUUGGUACUCUUCAAUCAUUGUAUUCAUUUAUAGGUGCUUCAUCAAAACGAUACAGUAUUUUUGAACAAAUAAUGUUAGAAACAUCUUCUAAUGGAAAAAAUAAAUUAAAAUCCUUAAGUGACACACGGUGGAAUUGCCGCAUAGAAUCAAUAAAAGCGCAAGAGAUAGUCAAUAGUUAUGAUUUCCUAUCACCUAAGAUGCCUCGCAAAAGAAGUUUACCAGUUAAAAAAAUUGGUGGUGGUUCAAUUCAUCCAGAGUUUACAGAUGACAAGGAUUUUUAUAGAAUAGAAAUGUAUUAUUUAAUUCUUGACGCAAUCACACAAGCAAUAAAAGACAAGUUUAAUGAAAAUGAUUUAAAGAUUUUAAACUCAAUAAACAACAUUUUAGUUAAUGAGAAUCCUGAUUUAUCUGAUAUUCAGGAAGUUAGUGCAGUAUAUAGAUUUGAUGUAAAUGAAUUGAAGUCUGAAAUAAUUAUUUUCAAUAGAAUGUUUAUCAGUUUGAAAAAAGAAGUUAACUUUGAAAAUAAAUUAGCAUAUAUAAAAAAAGUUGAAGUUGGGAGUGGUUUCCCUAUAUUAGUAGAUGUAUUUAAAUUAUUUUUGACUAUACCAAUGAACAGUGCAUCGUGCGAAAGAAGCUUUUCGUGCUUAAGAAGAUUAAAAAAUUACUUAAGAACAACCAUGGGCCAAACAAGAUUAAGUGACUUAGGUUUAUUGUAUAUACAUAAAGAUAAAGAAGUAAAUAAAGAUGCAGUUAUCGACAAAUUUUGUGCUGACAACAAACGUCGAAUUAAUUUAAAAUAA